AUGUCUGUCACCAUUGAGACCACCGAGGUUCCCAUUGCCCCCAUGUCUUCGGAGCCUAUCUUGCUCGGCCAGAAGUCCAGAAUGCCCGAGUACAGUCUCGCCGGCAAGGUGGUUCUGGUCUCAGGUGGUGCCCGUGGGCUUGGAUUAACCCAGGCAGAAGCUCUUCUGGAAGCCGGUGCAAAGGUGUACGCCCUUGACCGUCUUGAAGACCCUGCCCCCGAAUUCUCCCAGAUUCAGCACCGCGCAAAGGAGCUCGGAACCGAGCUGCACUACCGUCGCAUCGAUGUACGUGACACAGAGCUUCUCAACAGUGUGAUUGAGGCGAUCGCCAACGAGGAAGGCCGUAUGGACGGUCUCAUCGCUGCCGCUGGGAUCCAGCAGGAGACCCCAGCCCUCGAGUACACAGCCACAGACAGCAACAGAAUGUUCGAAGUCAAUGUCACCGGCGUAUUCAUGACCUCGCAGGCAGUGGCCAAGCAAAUGAUUCGCUUUGGGAACGGGGGAAGUAUCGCCAUGAUCGCCUCUAUGAGUGGCACUAUUGUCAAUCGGGGUCUUAUUUGUCCUGCGUACAACGCUAGCAAGGCAGCCGUCAUCCAGCUGGCUCGAAACCUCGCUGCUGAAUGGGGUCAGUACAAUAUUCGCGUCAACACUAUUUCCCCCGGAUACAUUGUCACCUCGAUGGUCGAGAACUUGUUCAUUGAGUUCCCUGAGCGCCGCGACCAAUGGCCCAAGGAGAAUAUGCUUGGCCGUUUGUCUCGUCCCGAGGAGUACCGUGGUGCUGCCAUCUUCCUGCUUAGUGACGCGAGCACUUUCAUGACUGGCAGUGACCUCCGCAUGGAUGGUGGCCACGCGGCUUGGUAG